AUGGACGACUUCACCUCCCUCGAGCUGCUCUCGCUUGUCUCCAAAGUCACCUCCGAGCUCCACAACCACUUAGGCAUCAGCGACAAGACUCUCGCAGAGUUCGUCAUUGACCAGCACGAGAAAUGCGGCGGAGAUCUUGGGAAGUUCAAGGAGGUCCUGGCGGCCAUGGGCGCCGACUUUCCAAACAGCCUGGUGGAGAGCGUCGAUCGAUUGAUCCUGACUAUGCACCCCAAGCACAAGAAGAACCAGAAAUCGGCCGCACAAGAGAAUGGACAGUCAGAUAUGAACGAGCUGGAUGCCAUCGGGCGCAAGGCGAGGGUAUUCAAGGGUCUCGCUGUGCCCGAUCGUGAACAGGAAUGGAGCGAUUCCGAGGAUGAUGUGGCUGCCCAAAAGGCCGCAAGCAACGUCCGACCCGGCGCAGAUGAGGAUGACACCUUUGCGCUCCUGGAAGGUUUAGCAGCCAAACCGAAAAACUGCACAAAUAGCACGGCCGAAAGAAACAGGAAAAGAAGUCACAGCCCCGACCGUGAGGAGUACUCCAGAGAUAGGGAACACAGACGGAAAUACUGGUCCCGGAGUCCUAGUCCUCGCGAAGACAAGCGCUCGCGCCGACAUCGAGAUGAGGACCAUGCCGACAGAAGGAAUGGGCACAGAGAUCGGUACGACGAGAAACGGAAUGGCCAUCACAAAAGCAGGCGGCGCGAGUACGACGAUGAUUUCAGCAUGCCACCUCCGCAAGAAGUCGACGAACAGCCCAUACUAUACAAGGUCUACGACGCUGUGGUUAACGGGAUCAAAGACUUCGGAGCUUUUGCCAACUUGCAAGGGGUCAAAGGUAGUCCUAGCGGACUGAUUCACGUCUCAGCCAUCCAAGAGGGUGCACGGGUUAAUCAUCCCUCAGAUCUCCUGUCACGCGGCCAGCCCGUCAAGGUCAAGGUGGUCAAGAUGGAGAACAACAAAAUCAGCCUGUCAAUGAAAGAGGUUGAUCAAGUCACCGGACAGGACAUGGUACCGUCGCGGAGGAUAGCCUCUGGCGCCAACAUGGAACGCCUAAACGGUUUGCCCUCCGAUGAUCGUUACGGAAACCUGGGCAGCAGUGUGCCUGUACUUGAGGACGGAUACAACUCGAGGCCUGGCAAGAACAAAAAGAGAAUGACGUCUCCGGAGCGCUGGGAAAUCAAGCAACUCAUCGCGUCAGGCGCAAUCUCAGCAGCAGACUAUCCUGACAUCGAUGAGGAGUACAAUGCGACACUGAAUGGUGAAGGUCAGUUUGAAGAGGAGGAAGAAAUUGACAUCGAGGUCAGGGAGGAAGAACCACCAUUCCUGGCUGGGCAGACAAAGCAAUCUCUUGAACUAUCCCCCAUCCGCGUUGUGAAAGCUCCUGAAGGGUCACUGAACAGAGCGGCCCAAGCGGGCACGAAUCUAGCCAAGGAAAGAAGAGAGCUCAAACAACAGGAAGCUGCCGAUAAAGCCGCAGAAGAGGCUUCCAAGGUCGAUCUCAACGCUCAGUGGCAGGACCCCAUGAUUGCCCCUGAACAGCGCAAGUUUGCUUCAGAUCUUCGACAAGCACAGCAGCAAUCAUCAAAAGCAAUCGAAGCCGUGCCAGAGUGGAAGCGGGUAAUGCAGGGCAAGAAUCAGUCCUUUGGCAAAAGGACAGACAUGACGAUUAAGCAGCAAAGAGAGUCCCUUCCAGUCUUCAAAUUCCGCAAGCAACUGCUCGAAGCCGUCGCCGCAAACCAGUUGCUGAUCGUAGUUGGUGAUACUGGUUCUGGCAAAACGACUCAGGUGACGCAGUAUCUGGCUGAAGCUGGCUAUGCGAAUAAUGGCAUGAUUGGCUGUACACAGCCUCGUCGGGUUGCUGCCAUGUCGGUCGCCAAACGUGUCUCCGAGGAAGUUGGGUGUGAGCUAGGCAAGGAGGUCGGCUAUACCAUUCGUUUUGAAGACCGGACUUCGCCUGAUACCAAGAUCAAAUACAUGACGGAUGGUAUGCUUCAGCGAGAGAUCUUGCUAGACCCAGACCUCAAGCGGUAUACCGUCAUCAUGCUGGAUGAGGCACACGAAAGGACGAUCGCUACCGACGUUCUAUUUGGCCUGCUCAAGAAGACGCUCAAACGACGGCCAGACCUCAAGCUAAUUGUCACAUCCGCCACCCUCGAUGCCGACAAGUUCUCCGAAUAUUUCAACCAAUGCCCGAUCUUCUCCAUCCCUGGUCGCACAUUUCCUGUGGAGAUUAUGUAUUCGAGAGAGCCAGAGGAAGAUUACCUGGACGCAGCAUUGACUACCGUCAUGCAAAUCCACCUGACGGAACCGCCCGGUGAUAUCCUACUGUUCUUGACUGGCCAGGAGGAAAUCGACACGAGCUGUGAGGUCUUGUACGAACGGAUGAAGGCCCUGGGACCUAGUGUUCCGGAGCUAGUCAUCUUGCCUGUAUACUCAGCCCUGCCCAGCGAGAUGCAAACGAGAAUCUUCGAUCCCGCGCCACCUGGAGGCCGGAAGGUCGUCAUCGCGACCAAUAUUGCCGAGACCUCAAUCACCAUCGACGGCAUCUAUUAUGUCAUCGACCCUGGCUUCGUCAAGCAAAACGCUUAUGACCCAAAGCUAGGAAUGGACUCGUUGGUCGUCACGCCUAUCUCUCAAGCACAAGCCAAACAGAGAGCAGGUCGGGCCGGGAGAACAGGUCCAGGCAAAUGCUUCCGGUUAUACACUGAGGCAGCUUACCAGUCUGAAAUGCUUCCUACCAGCAUACCCGAGAUCCAGCGCCAGAAUCUUUCCAAUACCAUCCUCAUGCUCAAAGCAAUGGGUAUCAACGAUCUCUUACACUUCGACUUCAUGGAUCCGCCACCCACCAACACUAUGUUAACCGCACUAGAAGAGCUUUACGCGCUCUCUGCUCUCGACGACGAAGGCUUACUCACCCGCCUAGGUCGCAAAAUGGCCGACUUCCCCAUGGAACCCUCGCUCUCAAAAGCCCUCAUCGCCUCCGAAGACAUGGGUUGUUCUGAAGAAAUGCUAACCAUCGUGGCCAUGCUGUCGGUUCAAACGGUCUUCUACCGCCCGAAGGAGAAACAGCAACAAGCCGACCAGAAGAAGGCCAAAUUCAACGACCCACAUGGUGAUCAUCUUACCUUACUGAACGUCUACAACGCAUGGAAGACAUCCCGCUACUCUGAUCCAUGGUGCUUCGAGAAUUUCAUCCAGAAACGGCAGAUUGGGCGCGCAAGAGACGUGCGACAACAGCUCGUCACUAUAAUGCAAAGGUACAAGCAUCAGAUCGUCUCUUGCGGCCGUAACACCAUCAAAGUCCGACAAGCGCUGUGCUCCGGCUUCUUCAGGAACUCGGCAAGAAAAGAUCCUCAAGAAGGGUACAAGACACUUAUUGAGGGCACGCCAGUGUACAUGCACCCAAGUUCUGCCUUGUUUGGAAAGCCCGCGGAGCAUGUCAUCUUCCAUACGCUUGUGUUAACCACUAAGGAGUAUAUGCAUUGUGCGACCGUGAUUGAACCCAAGUGGCUUGUCGAAGCAGCACCCACAUUCUUCAAAGUCGCACCCACGGACCGGCUGAGUAAACGCAAGAAGGCAGAGAGGAUCCAGCCAUUGCAUAACAAGUUUGCUAAUGGGGAUGACGAUUGGCGGUUGAGUGCACAGAAGAGGCAGGGUAGAGGGGGUGGAGGUGGGACCUGGGGAUAG